AUGGCCCAAUUUAAGCAAGAGUUACAGUCAGAAGACUCUUUGGAAAGCAGGUCAGAGGUUGAUAGAUAUCUAGCUGAAAAAUGUGAGGAUGAAGGUGAUAAUUUUGACCUACUAAAUUGGUGGAAGGUGAAUUCAGUUAGAUAUCGCAUAUUUUCAAAGGUUGCACGUGAUGUACUUGCAAUACCGGUAUCUACUGUGGCCUCUGAAUCUACAUUCAGCACUGCAGGUCGUGUACUUGACCCUUUCCGAAGAGAACUUGUUGGGGAAUUGGCUUAUUCUGCAGAAGGAUCAAAUGAAAUGGCUACCGAAUCUGUGAAUCGUGAUCUCAACCUUGAUGGAGAAAUUGAUCGUGAGGAAUUUGCUAAUAGUCAGGGACUGAUUAAACAAUUACCUAAUUAUUAUUUUUGCUCUAUAAUAGAGGAUGCCCAUGAGGAUAGAGAAAAGAGCGGAAUCAUUUUUAAUGAAUCUGAGUACACUAGAAAGUUGCAACAAAAAAUUUCUCUGAUUCAUAUAAACUUGGACAAGGGUAAACUCAUUGAUGGACGAGAAAUAGCUGUUAAAAGGCUGGCAAUUAGGAGCUCAGGGCAAGGUCUUGAAGAGCUCAAAACAGAAGUAGUGUUGGUUGCAAAGUUGUUGCAUCGGAACCUGAUAAGGCUAUUAGGCUUCUGCUUAGAAGAUGGAGAGAAGCUACUUGUCUAUGAAUACUUACCCAAUGGGAGCUUGCAUGAAGUUUUGUUCGAUCAGACAAAACGGUUUUCUUUAGAAUGGGAAAGACGGUACAAAAUAAUUGUUGGAAUUGCUCGAGGACUACUUUAUCUGCAUGAAGAUUCUCAGCUCAGGAUUAUUCACUGGCAUUUGAAACCUAGUAACAUCCUGUUAGAUGAGAACAUGAAUCCCAAAAUCUCUGAUUUUGGUUUGGCUAGACUAUUUGGUGUAAGCCAAACACAAGGCAAUACUAAUAGGAUUGCUGGUACUUUUGGAUACAUAGCACCGGAGUAUGCUAAGAAAGGGAACUUCUCAACUAAAUCCGAUGUCUAUAGCUUUGGUGUCUUAGUACUAGAAAUUGUGGCCGGUCAAAAAAACUCAAGCUUCAGGAAUGGGAUGAAUCUUCAAAGCUAUUGGACAAGACAUGAAGUUUUGAAAUGCAUUCACAGCGGUUUACUAUGUGUUCAAGAAGCUCCUGUGGAUAGACCGAAGAUGUCAGAGAUUGCAACGAUGCUCAGUGGGUACACUGCAAGUAGCUUCCCAGCACCCUCACAACCUGCAUUUUUUCAACUAGUGUGGAAAAUCCAGAAUCAUCUCAAUUAUACGCUGAAGCUUAUAAACCAGAAUCAUCAAAGAAAUCUCUGA